CUUUGCUUUGCUCAUCUCUGCAGGUACAUUGAGAUUCUUGCCAAACUUUGGCCAUGAAGAUCCUUUUCCUUCUCUUUGCUGUUGUCUUCCUGGUCUUCCAGACCCAGAGUGAGGCCGUGGCUGAGACAAAGAAUGAGGCUGAGGCCCAAGCUCCAGACGCAGUAGAAGCCGAAGCCCAGGAUGAGGCUGCUGAAAUCUCAUCUCCAGAUCUGAUGCCUCAAGAAGCACCAAUACAUUGUGCAAGGCAACUGGGUGUUUGCCGAAUCAGAUGCUCCCAGAGGGAGAGAAGAAUUGGGUGGUGUUCCAGAGGGAUGGCUUGCUGCAGGAAAAGGUUUUAAAGAUGCCACAGCAUGAGACC